AAAAUACAAAAUAUAACAUAUAAGAAAAAAAUAUAAUUUUAUUAUAUGGUUAAUGUAGUUGUUUGAAUUUUUUAAUAAUAUAAAUUAAACAAAAGAGAUGGAGGAUACAAAAUUAUUAUCAAAUCUUUAUUAUUCAAAAUCAUUAAUUGUCAUAUAUAUGUUGAUCAUAUUAGCUAAUUUUGUAGCUUUUGUUUAAGGAAAUAAUAAAAAAAAUAGUUUUUAUGCAUUACUAAUCAAUUUGAUAGUUAAUUUAAUAAAAACUAUAAUAUAUAUUUAGAUAUACCAACCUAUUUUUGUAAAGAUUAUGAAAUUCAUGAAAAGUUGUAAGUCACUUCAAUUAAUAUAUAAGAGAUGUUAUCUUUUUCUAAUGAAAAUGAAUGUGAUAAUGAUAAAUAAGCAAAAUUCAUAAAAUCACUUCUCUAAUAAUUAGCAGAAAUGUAAUUUGACUUGUGAAUUAAGACAUGUCAUCAUUUUCACUAAAAAAUCUUAUAUUUUCUAAUGAAAUGAAUGUGAUAAUAACACAUAAGCAAAAUUCAUAAAAUCACUUCUCGAAUAAUGACUAAAGAAUCUUUGGAAAACAAAAAGUUUCAUAUAUUAAUGCACUUUUAUUUUAUCAAAAACUGUGUAACCAAUGAUAUUUUGUUGUUUGUUUUGUGAUUGGUUGAAUAUCUUUUAAUUUAUAGUUUAAUAAUAUUUUUAAGAUAAAAAAAACAAUUUUUUUAAUAGUUGUGCAUAAUUCUAAAAUUUCAUGUAUUUUGAAACAGAGGGAGUAGAUGGUUAAACCCAAAUCGACCAAAAAAAAAAAACAAUAAGAGCUUAAGUUCUUCAACGUCAAGUUAGGUCUUCUUUACUGACUACUUGAAGUCCAUAGUUAAUCUUUCACAUGACAAGAGAUCCAAACUUUUCACACUCAUCUUGAAACUCAUGAUUUUUUUUUGGUAACUGGCUCUAAAUCCGCUUUAAUUUGUCAUUACACGACAACAUUUUUCUACAUCCACUUAAAAAGAUUCAAACGUUUUGUUCAAAAAUUCUCCAAAACUUACGACAUGUGUUAUGCCAUGCGGCAGAUACUACGAAACACAGGAAAUUUGUUUAUCUCUUUUUACUAUUAAGUCUCAUCUUGCAACCAAAGACCAAACUCAUCUUCUCUACCUAAAGUAACCAUGUUGUGUCUUCAAGCUUCUUUCUGUAUCUCUCUUAUUAGCUUUUAUAUAUCACUUCUCAGCUUUGUCAAUCUAAACUCAGCUUCGGAUUCAAACUCUGGUCUCUGCACUCUUUACCCAUGUAACCAACCGCCUCAACCGCCUUCUUCUACAGGCUACUCUCCAUAUGGUAAUCCUCCGCCGCCGCCUCCCUCUACAGGCUACUCUCCAUACGGUAAUCCCCCACCUCCUUCACCGCCACGUUCUCGCUGCCCUCCUGUUCCUCCGACAGGCUGUUGCAACCAACCACCACCCUCUACGUAUUAUUCUCCUCCGUAUCCUUACUUUUAUACUCCUCCUUAUCCUUACGGUACUCUGGGCGGAGGAGAAAGCGGUGGCGGGCAAGGAGGAGGAGGUGGAACCGGAGCAGCGGUGGCUCACUAUUCUUCUUCUUCCGUGACGGUUUAUGUUUUGAUGAUUGUCGUAUCGUGUGCUUUUGUUGUCUUCUAGGGCAUGCAUAGGUUUUGAUAAAUAUUAGAUCUAUCAAAAGCCACCUUCUUUUCUGUUAUUAUCUCAGAAUUUUUGCAGUGUAAGUUCGAAUAAAAAUAAUUUAUGUUCUCUGA